CACCUGUGGAAUCCUCUCAAGACGAACAGUCAUUGUUGUGUGAAGGUUCAAAUUCAGCUGUUAGCAUGGAACUUUCAGAACCUGUUGAAAAUGGAGAGACAGAAAUGUCCCCAGAAGAAUCAUGGGAACACAAAGACGAAAUAAGUGAAGCAGAGCCAGGAGGUGGUUCCUUGGGAGAUGGAAGGCCACCAGAGGAAAGUGCCCAAGAAAUGAUGGAGGAGGAAGAGGAAUUACCAAAACCUAAAUCUGUGGUUGCACCUCCAGGUGCUCCCAAAAAAGAACAUGUAAAUGUAGUAUUCAUUGGACAUGUAGAUGCUGGCAAGUCUACCAUUGGAGGACAAAUAAUGUAUUUGACUGGAAUGGUUGAUAAAAGGACACUUGAGAAAUAUGAAAGAGAAGCUAAAGAAAAAAACAGAGAAACCUGGUACUUGUCUUGGGCCUUAGACACAAAUCAGGAAGAACGAGACAAGGGUAAAACAGUGGAAGUGGGUCGUGCCUAUUUUGAAACUGAAAAGAAGCACUUCACAAUUCUAGAUGCCCCUGGCCACAAGAGUUUUGUCCCAAAUAUGAUUGGUGGUGCCUCUCAAGCAGAUUUGGCUGUGCUGGUAAUUUCAGCUAGGAAAGGAGAGUUUGAAACUGGAUUUGAAAAAGGAGGACAGACAAGAGAACAUGCAAUGUUGGCAAAGACAGCAGGUGUAAAACAUUUAAUUGUGCUUAUUAAUAAGAUGGAUGAUCCAACAGUAAAUUGGAGCAAUGAGAGAUAUGAAGAAUGUAAAGAGAAACUAAUGCCAUUUUUGAAAAAAGUUGACUUUAAUCCCAAAAAGGACAUUAACUUUAUGCCCUGUUCAGGACUGACUGGAGCAAAUCUCAAAGAGCAAUCAGAUUUCUGUCCCUGGUACAUUGGAUUACCGUUUAUUCCAUAUCUGGAUAAUUUGCCAAACUUCAAUAGAUCAGUUGAUGGACCAAUCAGGUUGCCAAUUGUGGAUAAGUACAAGGAUAUGGGAACUGUGGUCCUAGGAAAGCUGGAAUCGGGAUCUAUUAGUAAAGGCCAGCAGCUUGUGAUGAUGCCAAACAAGCACAAUGUGGAAGUUCUUGGGAUACUUUCUGAUGAUGUAGAAACUGAUUCUGUAGCUCCAGGUGAAAAUCUCAAAAUCAGACUGAAAGGAAUUGAAGAAGAAGAGAUUCUUCCAGGAUUCAUACUUUGUGAUCCUAAUAAUCUUUGUCAUUCUGGUCGCACAUUUGAUGCCCAGAUAGUGAUUAUAGAGCACAAAUCCAUCAUCUGCCCAAAGUAUAAUGCGGUGCUGCAUAUUCACACCUGUAUUGAGGAAGUCGAAAUAACAGCCUUAAUCUGCUUGGUAGACAAAAAAUCAGGAGAAAAAAGUAAGACUCGACCUCGAUUUGUGAAACAAGAUCAAGUAUGCAUUGCUCGUUUAAGGACAGCAGGAACCAUCUGCCUUGAGACUUUUAAAGAUUUCCCUCAGAUGGGUCGUUUUACCUUAAGAGAUGAGGGUAAGACCAUUGCAAUUGGAAAAGUUCUGAAACUGGUUCCAGAGAAAGACUAAGCAUUUUCUUGAUGACCCUGCACAAAAUACUGUGAGGAAAAUUGACUGCAAAGCCUACUUCACACCGCCUUCUCUUAUUUUCUGCCCAUUGAUAACUCUCCCCAUAUUUUGCAAAAAGAAAAUUCACAGCAAAAGUCCACAUUAUGUCAGCUUUCUCAUAUUGAGAGCUCUGCUAUGCCACUGUUGAAUUUUUCCCAAGAUUUCCCUACCCUUUCAAACUCUGCUCUUGGACAGAUUUGGCAAUAGCUUUGUAAGUGAUGUGGACAUAAUUGCCUACAAUAAUGAAAAUCUACAGAAAAUUUUUUAUUUUUCAUUUUUCCCUUAGGCAUAUUGAGUCUAUUUCCCCCCAGGCAGAUCAUUCUGAGUGUGCGAGUGUGUGUGCACAUGUUAAAAAGACAACUACCAUGUUAAUAAAAUAUUCAAUUUGAAACCCUUUUCGGUAUUUGAAUUGCUUUUGAAUAAUGUUUUUUAUCUGGAUGUAACAUUGUUGCAUUAGCUUUUUAACUUUCCCAAGUAAGUGAAUACAUUUUAUUACUUGGGCUUUUCUAAACUCUUCCCUACCCACUACUUCAAAUGAGGCAUUUACAAUGUUCAAGUUUAUAUUAAAGGAAAGAAUUAGUUCGUCCCCUCUUUUGAUGGUGAGUGCAUACAUACAAACUAAAUUCCUUUAUGCAACAGUGACACCACUUUACUAGGCCUGUCAGUUAUUUUCUGCCAAUUUAUAUUUUCACAUGGUUUCUUAAACAGUAAGCUGUUUAAAAAGAACAGCAUACUGUAGUUUUUAUAAGUAAAAUUUAAUGAAAUUGUACCCCUCCAGAAAAUUCUAUUAACUCGUUAAAUUAGUGGAAUUAAUAAUAAAGCAUGUUGAGACCUGGCAAAAAUGCCUCCUUAGUAUUUAUAAGAGCUGCAUGCAUCUAGUAUGAAAACCAUAUUAAUUGCAAGUGCCAGUCCUACAAGAUACUCAGUUUACUCUAUAUCAGUUAACUUUAAAGGUUGGAUGAUCCUUGCUGGGAAAGCUGAAUCUCAGUCCAGCGACUAAACCAACACACAUUAGAAUCAUCAGAACCUACACAGACAAAAAUGAACCAUGACGAUAAGUAGAAUCAAGCACAGUAUAAGUUCUUUCUCAAUUAUUUGAAAUCAACUUUUCUUAAGUAUAAAGCUAAAAUUUGCUAACCAUGAUUUGAGUGAACCACAAUGUAACACUAUGGUGUUUUUAGAUUGAAGACUGACUACUGUAAUUAUCAUGACUUUGAAAUCUUUCAUGAGAAUAAAUGGGAAAUGAAAGACAAUUUCUGUGUUUAAAGUCCCCUUGAUGUUAAGUGUUGCCAUCUAUCAAAGGAUUAACUUCUUUUAGAUAGUGAUUUAUUUCUGAGAUACUUCAUAAUUGUACAUUUAAUGACAAGUCUCUCCUGUAAUCUUGCUCCUCAGAAAAGAAAAGCCUAGUCAAACUAUAUUUCUGUAUUUUCACCCACUAAAACCAUUAAGACAUAAUCUGAUAGCUUUCGUAUCUGUGGAAUUCCCAUUCCUUUCCUAAAUGAGGCUAGGUCUCAUGGAAAGAGCAAAGUUAUCAUCUUAAACGUUCUUAUAACUAUACUUAUGGUUAUUAACCACAUGACAAAUAAAUUUUAUUAUGUCUACAAAUCUCUGGCUUUUAUUUUUCUAGGAAGUAUAGGAAUGUUAAUUAAAACAUGAUAGUUCUUUUUGAACUUCCAUGUUAAUAAAAACAUACUAGCAAUUGUUUGAACUUUAACGACUCUUUAAAGUUCAAGAAUCACUAAAAUUAUAAGAUUUUCCUUUUUAAAUUGAACACAUUUUUUAAAAAGUUAUGUUUGCUAUUAAAAUAUUUACACUGUUGAGACCAUUUAUGUGCAUGUUGCCAAGUCGCUUAAAUAAAAAUGACUUGGAUAUCAGCUGCAAAAGGGCUACCUCUAAAAAAAAAACAACAUAAUUAAAAUACAAAUGUAACUAUAAAAAAAUUUCUUGGAAUCUUCCACAUUUGCAAGAUUAAAUUAGAUAUAUAUUUUUUUAAUUUCACCGUUAAGAUCAUAACAUUUUAGGGGCUUUGAAAGUCUUUGGGAAGUAUUACCACUUAAAGUUGAUGCAUUCUAAACUGGUUACACUGGCUAGUCAUUUGCAUAAGGAAAGAGUCUGA